AUGGCUCAAACACGCAAAAUUAACUUUGGAGCUGGUCCUGCUAAAAUCCCUGAUGAAGUACUGAAGCAUGCUCAAGAAGAAUUUCUCCAUUUCGAGAACACAGGUGUAAGCAUUCUCGAAAUGUCUCACCGAUCAAAGGAUUUUGGAGUUGUUCUGGAAGAAACAAAGCAGUUGAUUAGAAGCCUGAUGAAGGUUCCUGAUAAUUUCGAAAUUUUGUUUAUGCAAGGUGGAGGGACCGGUCAGUUUGCCGCUGUUCCAUUGAACUUGAAAGGUGAUAAGACUUUUGCUGAUUAUGCCAUAACAGGGUCGUGGUCAGCAAAAGCUGCUCAAGAAGCUACAAAGUAUAUUGAUAUCAAAAAGGUGUUCGCUCCAAAGAAGCCAUAUCAAACAGUUCCAUCAUCUGACGAAUGGGUUCAUGAUGAAAAUGCAGCAUAUCUAUAUUACUGUGCUAACGAAACUGUUGAUGGUGUGGAAUUUGUAAAACCACCAGUUUCCCCUCAUGGUGUACCUCUAGUCGCUGACAUAUCCUCAAACUUCCUAUCUCGUCCAUUCGAUUUUACUGAUCAUGGAGUUGUUUUUGGGGGAACCCAAAAAAACCUUGGGGCUGCCGGUUUGACUGUUGUGAUGGUUCGUAAAGAUCUCAUUGGAAAGGAAAAUCCUGUGACUCCUGCCAUCCUGAGUUAUCAAGAAAUGGUUAAGAACAAUAGUCUAUAUAACACACCAACUGUUUUUGGAAUUUACAUAACUAAUCUAGUGUUGAAAUGGAUCCAAAACAAAGGAGGUGUGGAAGCUAUAUUUGCCGAAAAUCAGAGAAAAGCGCAAUUGCUGUAUUCUAUAAUUGAAAACUCAAAUGGCUUUUUCCAUUGCGGAGUUGAUCCUAUCUAUAGAAGUCAGAUGAACGUUGUUUUCCGGAUCGGAGGUGUUAAUGGUAAUGAGGAGCUUGAAGCUAAGUUUUUAGCGGGUGCUCAAGAGAGAAACAUGAUAUCUCUGAAAGGACAUAGAUCCGUCGGUGGUUUGAGAGCUUCUAUCUACAAUGCUGUUUCCUUUGAUGACACUAAGAUGCUGGCAGAUUGGAUGAUCGAGUUCGAGAAGAACUACAAGAAUUAA